AUGAAUGAUAUUCCAUUCAACUUUGUGAAGAAUCAGCUGGCCACCGGAACUGCUUUGCAUGGUCUCUCCGCUAAUUUCACCGAGGAUCUUAGCCCCACGAAAGAAGAGAUACUCAAGCAGGCGGCUUCUUCGUUCUACAGCGUUCCAGGUGACUGUAUCCUUAACCCACACAUUCUUCCUGACUAUGAUGUGCUAUAG